AUGUUAAUUUCUUAUAUUAAGGCUGAUCCUCGAGGCUGUAUGAGUGUUCAACCCCCACCUGGUGGUGGGCGGUUAUCCGAUGAUGUAUAUAGGAAAAUCAGGGCCGUAGAUCAGGGGACCAGCACCUUAACACAAUCUGGUUUGCAAGGCUUGAGUGCUAGGAUACUUGAUAAAUCAGAUUUUCGAUCCCAAAACAAUCCAUCAGAAGUCUAUGUUGUUCAAUUGGUCGAAAUAAUCAAAAAACCGGGACAAUCGUUAGGAUUGUACCUUCGUGAGGGUAAUGGUAUUGACAAGGGCAAUGGCGUAUUUGCUAGCCGGUUCGGUGAUAAUUCUGAACUCGAAAAAUAUGGUGAUGUCAUCCGACCGGGUGAUGAGAUCCUUUCGAUUAACAACGUUGAAGUGUCAACUAUGUCGAUUGAUGAUGUUGUACUUAUACUUAGUAUACCCCGACGGCUUCUCCUUAGGAUUCGAUACAAUAAAAAUCGUAGGGAUCAGCAAGCUUGGACUUCCAAUCGCCCCUCUAUAUCAGAUCGCCCAGUUGUAGUUUUUCAUAAGUUAGAAGAACGUAAUGAUUCACAAUCUGCUAAUAGUUCUCUGCUUGCUCAGCCAAUGAACACUGCCAAUACAUGGUUGGGAAAGAAAGCUCGACAGCAACAACAACAGGAAAUGUCAUCGACUCGAAUGGCUCCAACUGUUGUUUCGUCUGCUACUCCUCGUACAAUUGGAUCAUAUCAGCCUCGAAUGCUCAAUGGGAAUGCUGGCCAGCCAAUGAAUCCGAGAAUUGAUAACGCCUACGACUCCUUUGACACAAUCGCUCGAACUGCCAGAGUGCCUCCACCUAAAAUUUAUUCAUCAUCUACGGUUCGACGAACGGAGAGCUUCAAUUCAGCGCCUGGGGUUUUAUCCCAUGGAGCUUAUUCAACAAUGCAACGUCCAUCUACUGCUGUUUCACCCGGAGAGGAUGAACGUAUAAAACAACAGCAGAACCUACUUUCACGAUCUCUUUGUUCCCCAGUACUUUCUCGUCCUUUGCGAACAAUUGAUAAUAAAAGUAAUUCAUUACCUAGACGUAGAGCUAUAUCAGGACCACGGAACGUUAAAUGGAGAACGGACGUUAUAGGAUCGGAUGUGUAUGGGGAAGAUGAUGGAGCAACAUCAGCUCCAGAAUACUCCCCCAGUCCAGUAUUUGGUCAUGGUCGACAACCGCAUCAAUAUCAGCGGUCUUUGAGUAGCUGUGGACGAACUGUCAACGAAAUCUUCUCUGCAGCUGAGUACCGCAAUUGGGCAACUCCAACUGAUCCACGAAUUCGAGGGAACAGAUGGUCACAUACUUAUGGAGAAAACCGAGGGCCUCGCUCAUCUUCACUGCCGGGUAGAAAUUUGAUAACACAGUCUUUGGUUGGCUCGCCGGUUAUUUCUCGCAAUGCUGUUGCUCUGCAGCAGCAAUUAUAUCAAGAUAGGCCAUCUCAUACCUUCGAUAGGUAUCACGUUUCUCCUUUAAUGAAUAGGAGAGCUCCAUUACGAACUGCUGGACCAGGGAUUAAUGUGGAUCGAUUGAAUGUCUCAAGUUUGUCGGGAAUUUUAUUUGUUCAGAUAAUUGAGGGUAAAGGACUACGAAUUCCCGAAAAGGAGAAAGAAAGAACAGAAGAGAUGUAUUGUGUGUUGGAAGUCAAUGACCAACAUAGAGCUCGAACUGGAGUAACAAGAGAAAUCCAACGUGAAGACCGUUACAGAUGGAGGGAAACAUUUCACAUCGAUGUUUAUGAGGCGACUAUACUUCAAUUUUAUAUUUAUUCCUGGCAUCCACAAUAUAGACAUAAAUUAUGGUUCCGUGGUUCAUUACGUUUGUUAGACAAAUUUAUAGCCGAUCACUUGACGGGUGAUCGAAUGUUUUCCUUAAAUCUGGAGCCUAGAGGUCAAAUUCAUGUACGUGUCGGAUAUCAUGACUUACCUUCCAUUUUCCGAAGAACAGUCAGUCCCAGAAUAGACAGCGUUUUUGGAGUAUCUUUGAACAGACUUCUUCAACGAGAAGGAAGAGAAACUCCAAUCGUUCUAACGCGUCUCAUCCAUGAAUUAGAUCGACGAGGUUUAGAUUACGUUGGUCUAUAUGUUUUGUGUGGGGCUGUGGAGAAAAAGCAAAUGCUCCGAGAAGAUCUGGAACGGAAUCCCUUGGGUACGGAUCUGUCACCAGAUUCUAUGCCUGAUACCAAUGUUCUGGCUUGUCUGGUUAAGGAUUUUCUUCGAGAGUUACCAGAACCAAUUAUUUCUUCACAAAUUGAGGGAAUGCUCUGUGAUGCUUCUGUUGUUGCGCCUCCUAAUGAUGUUCAAGGGAGUCGUCAACUUAUAUUCCGGGUUAUUGACUGCUUAUCUACACAGAAUAGGAAAUGUCUGAUGCUUGUAUUGGAUCACUUAGUUCAAGUUCUUUCAAAGUCUCCUCAUAAUGGUAUGACAGUAUUGAAACUUUCAAUUGUGUUUGGACCUUUACUAAUUUGUACAUCGGAGAGUCAAACAGCUAACUUACCAACUCAAUAUGGAAUGAACUCGCCAAGCACUGGACUAUUACCUUCGCUUGAUACAAAUCGUGCUGCAAAAGCUAUCCAAUUACUACUAGAACAUUGGCCAAGCAGAGUUAACGGCUUCGAAAGCGACAGCGAAUCACCAACGUAUGCCUUAACUGGUUCAGUCCCAAAUAGAAUAUCUGAGUCCCAGUGUUAA